CAUUUUUCACCUUAAGAUUUGAUGUUGUUAAUCGUCCUGGGCUAUCUCCAAUUCAAAAGUGCACUGCUGCUAUAAGACAAUUAGCAAAUGGAAGCCCAGCAGAUCAGCUUGAUGAGUAUAUUAAGAUUGGUGAGAGUACUGUAGUAGAGUGUUUGAAGUUAUUUGUGAAGGGAGUGAUUGAACUAUUUGGGGAGAAUAUUUGAGGCGACAACGGUACACGAUGUCGAACGGCUAAUGGAAAUUGGUGAGCGUCGUGGGUUCCCUGGCAUGCUAGGGAGUAUUGAUUGUAUGCAUUGGCACUGGAAAAAAUGCCCUUAUGCAUGGAAGGGGAUGUAUACCCGCGGUGAUCACGGUGUACCUACGAUCAUUCUAGAGGCAGUUGCUUCGCAUGAUCGUUGGAUAUGGCAUGCCUUUUUUGGUAUUGCUGGAUCCAACAAUGAUAUCAAUGUGCUUAACCAAUCACAUUUGUUUGUUGAGAAGCUGAGAGGAGAAGCUCCUGAGGUGCAGUACUCUAUCAAUGGAAGGCAAUAUAAUAUUGGUUAUUAUCUAGCGGAUGGCAUAUAUCCAGAGUGGCCGGUUUUCGUGAAGUCUAUACGUGAACCACAAACCGAAAAACAUAAAAUUUUUGCACAACACCAGGAAGGGGCAAGGAAGGAUGUUGAAUGCGCCUUUGGCAUUUUGCAGUCUCGCUUUUCUAUUUUACGUCGACCAACACGUCUAUACGAACAAGGAGAUCUUGAGCAUAUCAUGCUUGCUUGUAUAAUCCUCCACAACAUGAUAAUUGAAUAUGAGAAGAACAUAGAGCAAAUUCCACUUGAUUUGAAUGAGGAAGCCAACAAAUAUUUUGUUCAAGAAGCUACAAUUUCUCAUGGAGAAAAUCCGGAGAUGGAAGAUGUACUUAAUAGAAACAUUGCCUUACAUGAUCGGCAAGUGUACAAACAACUACAAUCUGAUUUGAUUGAUCAUAUUUGGCAAAAGUUUGGAAAUUCAAAUAGGCAAAAUAAUUAGAUGAUGCUGUGCACCAUGAUGGCUUCUGGAGGACUUGUGAACCUACCUGAGAUGAUGUUGUGCUGAAGCUGUGAACGCUGCAGGACUUGAGAUGAUCCUGAUGCCAUAUCUUAUUAUAUAUCAUGAACUUUUGUUAUUUUGUUGCAAACUAUAUGCGUAGCCUGCUACCUUUUAUUUUCUGGAUUGGUAUGAUUAAUAUAUGGAGAAACCGCAUGUGCAGUCCAGGCGGUGAAUCGUAUUCCUAUAUGUUUUUUUGUUGCAAGAUGUUUCAUCUGAUCUGCAGAAAUAAAUCAAGCUAUAUAGUUGCUUGCCACAGUUGAUCUAUUCAUUUUUUGUUGCAUUUAAGUUAUCUAUGUUGUAGAAGCUACUGUAAAAACUAUGGAUU